UAGUGUCAUGUUAAUGAAUUUUGUGAGGUUAUGACUUUUGUGUUUGGCGGUUUUUUAAGAUCAAAUUUUCUUUGGGCUGGCGGUUACUUUCCAACUUAACACCAAUUAUACAUACAUACACAUACAAAAUUUCAAUUUUAGCUUUUUUCAUUUCUAUUUUUGUUUUUAAUUUGUUCAAUCGUUUUAAAAAUCUGUUCGUUAGAACACUUAAUUUAAUUACCCAAGACUUUUUAGCAAUUAUGGAUUCUACCUACCCAUCUACUUCAACAAGUUCUCUUCCAGGAGCCUGCCAUCUUUGCAGCAAAAUAUUUAAAAAUGUGGAAUUACGAAAUCGUCAUAUCAAAAGAAUACACAAAACAGAUGUUCCGCCCAGGGCUAACAACAAAAUGAAUCAAAAUCACAUCAUUUGUCCGUUAUGUGAUCAAGAAACUAAUUUUGAAAGUCAUGAGAAAUUACGAAAACAUCUCCAGGACUGCCACCAGCUGAGUAUUGAACUAAUAACUUUUGAAUUUUCUAGCAAACAAGAAUAUGAUACAUGGAAAGAUAUGCAGAAAAUUGAGACAAGUUAUGCAUGUAGUAGAACAAUCCGUGGAAAGGAACAUAAGAUAAUGUACUAUGAUUGCAAUAGAAGUGACAUACAUGGAUAUAAGCCCAACUAUAAAAUUAGGACAGAGAAAUCUGGUGGAUCAAUUAGAAUAAAAGGAGUGUGCCCUUCCAGACUGGCUUGCAAACUGAGAGACCAAGGACAAGUUUCUGUCAGUUAUUGGAAAACACAUGUUGGACAUAAAGAAGAAUUAAGAACAAUGCAUCUGUCAAAAGCAGAAGAAAAAACGGUUGUAGAAAAAUUAAUGGCUGGGGUGCCACCCACUAGAAUUUUAAAAGAUUCAAGAAAAUUGGAAGUACCACAAUUAGAUAGACUUGCUGUAAUAACAAGUCAGGAUCUCAGAAAUUUGACCAGAAAGUAUAAUAUACACAAGAAACGAGAUCAAAAUGAUAUGAUAGCAGCAGCCCUAAAGGUUCAGGAAUGGAAUGCUAACAACAAGAAUUAUGCUUUCUUAUUCAAGAAGGAAGGAGAAGAUCAUGAUAUAUUGAGAAAAGAAGAUUUUGCGGUAGGGUUCAUGAAUGCGGUGAUGGAAGAGAAACUACUAGAAUUCCCGAACAUAAUUUGUGUCGAUGGGACACAUGGGACAAAUAAAAAAGGACUGGAUUUGACGAUUUUGCUGGUGAAAGACGAUAGAAAUGCUGGAUUCCCUGUUGCGUUCCUUCUGUCAAAUAGAUUGGACCAACGAAUUCAAGAAGUUUUUUUAGAUGCCCUCAAGAAUAAGAUACAGACAGAAGUUAAUGCGGAAUAUUUCAUGAGUGAUGAUGAUCCUAAAUAUUAUAAUGCAUGGAAGAAGAUAAUGAGACAAGAACCAAGGAGACUAUUAUGUACGUGGCAUGUGGUGAAGAACUGGAACAUUAGAGGAAAGAAAAAAUUACAGGAUCCAACUUUGAAGGCGCAAAUGAAAAAUGAACUCAGGCAGAUUAUUCGAGAACCAGAUGAAGAUAAAUUUAAAGAACUAUGUGACAAAUAUGUAUCCAAACUAGAAGAGGCAAAUGAGAUAGAAUUUGUCGAUUAUCUGAAAAGACAAUACUUGGCUGAACACAGAAAAAAAUUGUGGCCCUAUUGUUACAGAAGAAAUGCCGGGAUUAAUACCAACAUGGCAAUUGAAUCACUCAACAAUCUACUAAAGACGAAUUACCUCAAGAGAAAUGCAGCAGUGGGGAUUGAGAAGCUACUGGAUACAAUGGAUGAGCUAGUUGAAGAAAAAAUGUGGACGAGGAUAGUUGAUAUAAUACGACCAAGCGCAAAUAAUUAUCAAGACAGGCUUUCAAUAAGAGCACACAAACGGGCAGCAUCGAUGAAAGGCAAACUAGAAGAACUGGUUAAGGAGACUGCAUAUGGCCAUUAUGAGGUAAAAUCCUUUAAAGGUAUGAAUAUAUUACGUUAUGUAAAUUUUAGACAAGUGUGUGAGAGUGAGUGUAAGACAUUGUUUUGUAGAGUGUGUAAGAUUUGUAUUCACCGUUAUUGGUGUAGUUGUGAUGACUAUAUGGUGAGGAAUACCUUGUGUCAGCAUGUGCACUUGGUAAGAAUGUAUGAGGAGCGUUUGGGUAGUAACUCUGUUGUAGAUGAUGCUGCAAGGUGUUUAGGAGAAAUGUCAACUAUCAAAUCAAGGCAUGAGGAGGAAAUUAAUGAAUUUGUCAGAGGGAAGCUAGAACAGACAAAUGUGACCCAGGAAAAAACCAAAAGAAGUCUUCAACAGGAAUAUCUCAUUAAUGUGUUGAACGGAUUAGAUGACCAAGGUUUUACCGAAUUUAUAAGGAGGACUCAAGGAAUUCUGGAAGAAGUUAAUAAUAAGGCAAAGAACAUUACGAAGAAGCGAAAAAUGGAGACUCAGGAGUAUUUUCCUUCAAAAAAAAAGAACUGAUUAAACAUUUUUUAUUAACAAUUUUUGUAGCUCACAUGCAUUCUUGAUUUGUACCUGUAUUGAUUUUUUAUUUACAAGAUCAUUAGUUAAUUUAACAUUACAGAUUUUACUUGAAUAGUAAUAAAUACAGUGAAAUUUUAUAAGAUUAUAGAUUAUGUUACUUAAGUUAGGUCUGAAUUUUAAAGCUAUGUUAAGUAAGAUGUAAUUUGAUAACUUUUAUAUGAGUUGUAUUUUUAAAUUGGGAUCUACUGGGCCGUAGGCGAGGUUUAGAGGGGUUUUACCUUCGCCAUUGCACCAAUAACGGCGCCCCCUCUCCCAAUUUUUAAUAAAGAAAUUUUAAACAGCCA